UAAAGCUGUCCUCCAUAACGCUAAAGCCCACUGACCUUUGGUCAGCAGAAAACGUUUUAAACGUAUCCCCUCUAAGGAGUUAUGACGAAGUAAUAGUUCGUAUUACUGCAGAUGAAAUCAAAGAGUGAAGUAGGCGAACCACACUUUCUUAAUAAGGCUUCGAUAACAAUAAUCAUAGAAAAACAAUACUAACAAAGUCUUGGCGUGUGGCAUGGAGUUUAGCGCACCUUUCCAAGGUCGUAGUGGUCAAACUCGAGACUUUGAUAAACGGCUAAAUGUCUGAGGUUUUAUUGAUAGCUGUAUUUCUAUCUCGCAACAAGUGAAGUCACUAAAACAUCGAAAAUCUUUAGCACCGUUCGAGUGGACGGACGUCUUAGUUCGAAGUUGCCUAAUGCCUCCAGCAGCAGAUUGGGCCAGUCUGUAGAGCAAGAAUUGAGGGACGAACUAGUCACGCUGUUAGUGUCCUCUUGUUGAAAUUUCACGUGCGCAGAUCUUAAACUCAGUACCUACAAUGGAUCACUUCAAAACCAUUCUCGUAAUUUUCUCAAGUGUGAUAUAUGCGACUCAUAUUUGCGGCUUGUGUCCAGCUGGAUUCUUUUAUAAAGGGUGUUUGAAUAAUUCGGCUCCAUUUUGCGAGAGGUGCCCUGAAGGCACAUUCAAAGAUGGACUAAAUGUUAUAAGACAAUGUACCAAGUGCAGACAGUGUGGACUGAAUAGUGUUAUAAUCAACAAAUGUAAUGUAACGCACGACACCAAGUGUCGAUGCCGAGAUGGAUAUUAUUUCGAUAAAGAUAAAUCACAGUGUAUCAGAUGCUCGAAAUGUAUAGGGAAAAAUAACGUCGUAGUCAGGAAAUGUAACGGCACGCACAACACGGUUUGCAGGUGUAAGGAUGGUUAUUAUUUCGACACUGGAGCAUUAUAUUGUUCGCGAUGUAAAAACUGUAAGAGAGGCCAUGGAGUGGUGAAGAACUGCACGAGUACAACCAACACACGAUGUCAAAGAUGUGUUAGGGGAAUAACAUUUUCUAAUCUAGGAAGUAAAACAGAACCUUGUCGUUCGUGUAAAAAGUGUGGGCCAAACGAACAAGUAGAUUUACAUUGUAAUCGAAAGAGAGAUACAAUCUGUAAAGCUGUUCCUGAGAACAAAAUUAAAACUUUUAUUUUACAAAACAAAUCAAAAUGGCCAGAAUCGUUCGCUAACGGAACGACAAGAAGACCAAAGACAACGAGCAUCCCUACAGAGCUCUUUGAUGCUACGAACGCAGGUAUAGGUGGUCCAACCUCUAGUAUAGUGGGGGCCAAGCAGAUAACGUCAAAGAAAAAUAGAACUAGUAAUGGUGGCUUCUCGACCGUUAAAACGAUAUCGACGAUCGUUGGAGGGAUCCUAGGAUUGGCUCUGCUAAUAUUUGUACUUUAUGUAAUUUGGCGAAGAAACAAAACAGCUACUGCUCAGUCAUCAACGACCAUUGUGAAAACAACGCCACCUUCUUAUCCUCACCAUCCUAAAGAAACUGAGACCAAUAGGUUGAGCAGAACGCCAUUGGUGACCGGUUCAACAGAGUUAUUGAGAAACGCCAGUUACUCAAUAAUAGAGGAGUUAAGCUCCUACCUUAACCCCAGAGGGCGUUGGAAAACUUUAGCGGCAAAACUUGGUUAUACAAGUAAAGAUAUAUUGAACUUCGAUAUAGAACAGUCGAAGGCAACCGAGAACAUGCUGAAUGACUGGGGUCAUCUUAAAGACAGCACGGUGCAAAAGCUGUACGAAGUCCUUGUUGCAAUGAAGUGGAGUCACGAGGCAGAAAUAGUUCGUAAAUAUACAUAAACAUUUCUUACACUUGUUUCAAAAAGAGUUGUCGGCCCCAGAUCGAAAAUGGGCGAUCUGAGACUAAACGAAAACGGGAAUACUCGAGCUUCUAUGUUUUCUCGAUAAAAUAUUAAAAAAAAAAAAAAAAAAAACACAC